AGGUUUCUGAGGCAAGCAGCAGCAGCAGCUAUGGAGCCUGCCAGUGCUAGCUUGGUCUCCCUGAGGGCAUCCACCGCCACGAGCCGCAGCUGCUUCUCAUGUCGGCAGCGAGCGACGCCCAGGACCAGGAUGCUUCCGGCCAUGGCGUCCAAGUCUGGGGCGAAACUGGUGGCUUCAGGCUGCAAGACAUGCAGGGGGAAGGGUGCAGUGGAAUGCGAAGGCUGCAAGGGGACUGGCAGGAACAAGAAGAACGGCAACAUCUUCGAGAGAUGGAAGUGCUUCGACUGCCAGGGGUUUGGGAUGAGGAAGUGCCCCACCUGCGGCAAGGGAGGCCUCACGCCGGAGCAGAGAGGAGAAAGAUAGAAGAAACAUCAAGCAUCCAUCCAUCCAUGGCACAUGCACUCUCCAAUGUCUUAUUUAUCAUGCUCAACUUUGCUCGAAUUCUGACUACUAUCUAGAAGUAAGUAUCAACCAGAAUUGCCAAACAAAAUGUCGAAAACCGAAUAUGGUGCUACACAUAAUCGGUUUGAGAACCAGCAGUAUGCUGCCAAACAGAAUGUUGUGAGGAAAUCAACUGGUUUCUGGGCUAUUGACUAGUUUGGAUGCUUUUGAAUCUAUAUGUUGUAAGUAUUUUUUUUGUUCUUUUGAAUAUAUUCAGUUUGUCGUAA